GGUCCACCCUUCCAGCGCUGACUGCGGUCCUCUGUCCUCCUCGGCUGGCCGACAUGAGCCACCACCCGUCGGGCCUCCGGGCCAGCGUGAGCACCACCUCGUACCGCCGCACCUUCGGGCCACCGCCCUCCCUGUCCCCCGGGGCCUUCUCCUACUCGUCCAGCUCGCGCUUCUCCGGCAGCCGCCUGCUGGGGUCGGCGUCCCCGAGCUCCUCCGUGCGCCUGGGUAGCUUCCGCGCCCCUCGAGUGGGCGUCCUGCGCCUGCCCUCAGAGCGCCUCGACUUCUCCAUGGCCGAAGCCCUCAACCAGGAGUUCCUGGCCACGCGCAGCAACGAAAAGCAAGAGCUGCAGGAACUCAACGACCGCUUCGCCAACUUCAUCGAGAAGGUGCGCUUCCUGGAGCAGCAGAACGCGGCCCUGCGCGGAGAGCUGAGCCAGGCCCGGGGCCAGGAGCCGGCGCGUGCCGACCAGCUGUGCCAGCAGGAGCUACCCGCAGCUUCGUCUCUGUCCCCUCUGCUCUCCAGGCUAGAGGAGGAAACUCGAAAGCGGGAGGAUGCGGAACACAACCUCGUGCUCUUCCGCAAGGAUGUGGAUGAUGCCACCCUGUCCCGACUGGAACUGGAGCGCAAGAUUGAGUCCCUGAUGGAUGAGAUUGAGUUUCUCAAGAAGCUGCAUGAGGAGGAGCUUCGUGACCUGCAGGUGAGCGUGGAGAGUCAGCAGGUGCAGCAUGUGGAGGUCGAGUCGACCGUGAAGCCGGAGCUAACGGCGGCGCUGAGGGACAUCCGCGCUCAGUACGAGAGCAUCGCGGCGAAGAACCUGCAGGAGGCCGAGGAGUGGUACAAGUCCAAGUACGCGGACCUCUCUGAUGCCGCCAACCGGAACCACGAGGCGCUGCGCCAGGCCAAGCAGGAGAUGAACGAGUCCCGACGGCAGAUCCAGAGUCUGACGUGCGAGGUGGAUGGGCUGCGCGGCACGAACGAGGCAUUGCUCCGGCAGCUGAGGGAGCUGGAGGAACAGUUCGCCCUGGAGGCGGGCGGGUACCAGGCCGGCGCCGCACGGCUGGAGGAGGAGCUGCGGCAGCUCAAGGAGGAGAUGGCUCGGCACCUGCGCGAGUAUCAGGAGCUCCUCAACGUCAAGAUGGCCCUGGACAUCGAGAUCGCCACCUACCGGAAGCUGCUAGAGGGCGAGGAGAGUCGGAUCUCUGUGCCCGUCCAUUCCUUUGCCUCCUUAAGUAUAAAGACGACUGUGCCUGAGGUGGAGCCAGCCCAGGACAGCCACAGCCGGAAGAUGGUUCUGAUCAGGACCAUCGAGACCCGGGAUGGAGAGGUGGUGACGACGGAAUCUCAAAAGGAGCAGCAUAGUGAGCUGAACAAGUCUUCCACUCACAGCUACUGAACCCCUCCUUGCCCUAGGCCUACUGUAAACCCAAAGCCUCAUACCUAUCCUGAAUUGGCCUCCCUUCCCUCCCAUUGCAUGUGCCUAGGGGAUGGCACCAGGCCCCCCUCCCUGGCCCAUGGCUAAGUAGCCAGGCCCCUCUCUACUCUAAAAUAGAUGUGACCUAAAUGCUUUCCCAGGACAAGUCUGCUGUGGCCAUGAUCCCUUGAUCAGUGGGAUGGUCCAGGAUCUGAGUUUUGCUUUGAAGUCAAAUAAAACU